AUGCGCAGUAAACGGAGCGAUCGCUAUGCUGAUGAAAACGAAGAGGAAGAUCUUUCAGCAAAGACUCCGGUCCAGAAGGGCAAGCGCAGCAAAGAGAGGUCGAUUGAAGACGAAUUGGAGGCGAUUGAGGAACAGUUCUAUGGCCUCGACAAUGGGCGCAAGAAGAAAAAGUCAAAAAAGCCUGCCCCGAAAAUCGUCGAGCAGCCGCCUCAACACCGUCUCGAGAUCCCGGAAUUCAUCAGUGUUCAGAACAUGGCUCAAGCUCUGAAUGUCCGGUUGGAGACUUUUAUGCAAAAGCUGGAAGAGGAGGGCUUCGAGGGCGCUCGCUACGACCAUCUUCUAGACUCCGGAACCGCUUCCAUGUUUGCCGAGUUGUAUGGAUUUGACCCAGUCCUCGCAACUGCGGAAGCCCAAAGAGAUUUGGUUGCUCGACCCCCCGCCGAGGAUCCGUCGGUGCUUCCCCCUCGUCCGCCUAUCGUCACCAUCAUGGGACAUGUCGACCAUGGAAAGACUACUAUUCUCGAUUAUUUGCGAAAGGCCAACGUGGUAGCUUCCGAACAUGGUGGCAUUACGCAGCACAUUGGUGCUUUUUCUGUGACCAUGCCCGGGACACAACGUACAAUUACAUUCCUGGAUACUCCCGGUCAUGCUGCAUUCCUGGACAUGAGACGUCGAGGAGCGAACGUUACAGAUAUUGUUGUCCUCGUCGUUGCCGCAGACGACAGUGUGAAACCACAAACGGAGGAAGCUAUCAAACACGCUCUCGACGCCAACGUUCAGGUCAUAGUGGCCAUUAACAAGGUCGAUAAAGAGGACGCCAAUGUCGAUAGGGUCAAGCAAGACCUUAGUCGCUUUGAUAUUACUGUUGAAGAUUACGGUGGGGACUACCAAGCUAUUGCCCUCAGUGGUAAGACGGGUCAAGGUAUGGCACAGCUUGAAGAGGCCAUCAUUACCCUUGCAGAUGUCUCCGACUACCGCGCAGAGAUCGAUGGUCCUGCGGAAGGUUGGAUCAUUGAAAGCAAGGUCACCUCUGCGGGACGUGUUGCAACUGUCCUUGUGCGACGAGGGACUCUUCGUCCAGGUGAUUUCAUCGUCGCUGGCAAUACGUGGGCCCGUGUCAGGACUCUCCGCAACGAUCAAGGUGAUGUUGUUUCAGAAGCUCCACCUGGUACUCCUGUGCAGAUUGACGGCUGGCGUGGCGAGGACCCUACAGCCGGCUUGGAAGUGCUUCAAGCAAACGAUGAGCAACAUGCUAAGCAAGUGGUCGAUCUUCGCUUGGAAAAAUCCGAAGCUCUCCGCGAUGCCACCGACAUGGCAGCUAUCAAUGCUGCGAGAUCCGAGGCAGCGGAAGCUCGCGCCAAGGUUCUGGCUUGGCAGUCAGAGCAAGGCUUUGCAUCCAGAAAGCAAGCACGAGUUCGACUCCGGGAUUCAAGAACAGGUUGGCUAGCUGCUGAUGAAUCUGGACCUGCCAAGGUCCACUUUGUUGUCAAAGCCGAUGUUGCUGGUUCUGUCGAAGCUCUAGUAGCCGCUAUCAGUUCCAUUGGCAACAAGGAGAUUCAGGCCAACAUCAUCCACAGCGGCACGGGCCAGAUAUCAGAAUCCGACAUCCGCAUGCUGGCGGCCACGGGCGAAGUCGGCUAUGCGGUCAGCUUCAAUCAGCCUGUGGAUGGUACGAUGUACCGCCUUGCUGAGGCUGCCGGUCUCGAAGUACUUGACCACAAUGUCAUUUACAAGAUGACGGACGUGGUCACGGAGAAGGUCGCCGCCGAGCUGCCACCCCUGGUCACAACGAAGGUGCUAGGUGAGGCCGAGAUCGGACAGAUAUUCGAUGUGACUAUCAAGAAGGUCAAGCACAAGAUUGCUGGCUGCAAAAUCACGAAUGGCACCAUUAGCCGCUCGCAUAAGGUGCGUGUGAUCAGAGGGGGCGACGUCGUAUAUACUGGCUCGCUCAACUCACUAAAGAACGUCAAGAAGGACGUGACAGAAAUGCGAAAGGGAUCGGAAUGUGGCAUCGCAUUCGACGAAUGGGAAGAGAUGCAAGAAGGAGACAAGGUGCAGUGCUUCGAAGAGAUAUCGGAAAAGCGCAAGCUGUACUGA